AAUUGUCAUCGUCAUGUUACUAAUUUACGUUUUCCAUGUUGCUGCAAGAAUUUGUUGAGGAGAGUGAUUAAGUAAGCAAAAUUUGCACGAAACCGAAAACGACAGAGCUGGAACAGUUUAUGUUGUGGCAUCAGCUUGUUAAGAAGAAAAAAAAAAACAAUUUGCAAAAAACCGAACGAUUUUUAAGAAACUUAAUUAUAGAGAAACUAAAGUACAAAUCUUGAGAAUUACAAAGAGUGCAUUGGAAGUGUAGUGGCGACAUUAAAAUAAAUAGAUUAAUGUUUAUUAGACAGGCGUUAGUAUUAUGUUGUAAACAGCAACCUUACGCUCCAUCCAUACUAAACGCAAAUACCACAAAAAGCAUUUGGGAUAACUCAACUUUAUUGUGGACGCGUGCAAAAUCCAACUUCAUAUUCCACCGCAAAAUGAGCGCUUCAAGUACAGCUGCUGCUGGUGAAUCGGGUGGAGUUAAUAAGGUGCCGUUGAAGAAGCCACAAGAGCUAGAGUCUAUAUUGCGAUUAAAUGAUAUUGCCAAAUCCGAGCAAGAUACGCGCGACUAUCGAGGGCUGCAGCUAGAAAAUGGAUUGAAGGUGUUGCUGAUCAGUGAUCCCAAAACGGAUGUUUCGGCAGCUGCAUUGGCAGUGCAAGUUGGCCAUAUGUCCGAUCCUGAUGAAUUGCCCGGCUUGGCACAUUUUCUCGAGCAUAUGCUUUUCUUGGGCACCGAAAAGUACCCACAUGAAAAUGGCUACACCACUUAUUUGUCACAAAGUGGCGGCAGCAGUAAUGCAGCGACAUAUCCACUAAUGACCAAGUAUCACUUUCAUGUGGCGCCCGAUAAACUGAACGGCGCACUCGAUCGUUUUGCGCAGUUCUUUAUAGGACCUUUGUUCACGGCCAGUGCCACGGAACGUGAAAUAAAUGCGGUUAAUUCGGAGCACGAAAAGAAUCUACCCAGCGAUAUAUGGCGAGUGAAGCAGGUGCACAAGCAUCUGGCAAAACACGAUCAUCCCUAUUGCAAAUUUGGAAGUGGUAAUAAAGUAACACUCCAUGAUAUACCUAAAUCUAAGAACAUCGAUGUACGCGAGGAGCUAUUGAAAUUUCACAAGAAAUGGUAUUCAUCGAAUAUUAUGAGCUUAGCUGUGCUGGGCAAAGAAUCACUUAAUGAUCUUGAAGAUAUGGUCAUUGAAAAGUUCUCCACUAUUGAGAAUAAAAAUGUGGAUAUACCAACUUUUCCGCCCGAACCAUUCUCUGAGGAUAAGUAUGCGCAAAAAGUGUAUAUUGUGCCAAUAAAAGAUCUGCGAUCGUUGACAAUCAGUUUCACGACAGCCGACCUCACGGAGUUCUAUAAAUCUGCGCCUGACAGCUAUCUAUCGCACUUACUCGGUCAUGAAGGCAAAGGCAGUAUCUUAUCGGAGUUACGUAAGCUGGGCUGGUGCAACGACCUCAUGGCCGGCCAUCAGAACACACUAAACGGCUUUGGUUUCUUCGAAAUCGUUGUGGAUCUAACGCAGGAUGGCAUGGAGCACGUUGAUGACAUUGUGAACAUUAUUUUCCAAUACUUAGCAAUGUUGCGGAAGGAGGGCCCCAAGAAGUGGAUCUUUGAUGAAUAUGUAAACAUAAAUGAGAUACGCUUCCGUUUCAAGGACAAAGAGCAGCCGGAAAAUAUGGUCACGCAUGCGGUGUCGGCCAUGCAGAUUUAUCCACUCGAAGAGGUGCUAACCGCGCCCUACUUAAGCAAUGAAUGGCGUCCUGAAUUGAUUACGAAACUGCUUGACGAAUUGGUGCCGGAAAAGUGUCGCAUAGUGCUCAUUGGCCAAAGUUACGAACCACUGUGUAACGAAAGCGAACCAUAUUACAAAACUAAAUAUGGCAUAAGUAAAAUUGAUGCUGAAACUUUGAGGCGCUGGGAAAAGUGUGGUCUCAACGAGAACGUUGCACUCCCUCUACCAAAUGCUUUUAUACCACAAAAUUUCGAUAUAAUGCCGGUGGAUGCGGACAUGCCCAAGCAUCCUAGCAUUAUAAAGGAUACGCCAAUCUUGCGUGUGUGGCAUAAGCAAGACGACCACUUUAUGAAGCCAAAGGCGUGCAUGACAUUUGACAUGUCCAACCCAAUUGCCUACCUCGACCCGCUCAAUUGCAAUCUGAAUCAGCUAAUGGUUUCCUUACUAAAGGAUCAAUUGAAUGAAUAUUUGUAUGAUGCGGCGUUGGCGGGGUUGAAACUGCAAGUGAAUACAAAGUCGACUGGAAUUGAGUUUUCUAUACGAGGCUAUAAUGACAAGCAGCUUGUACUAUUAGAAAAGGUGUUGGAUCAUUUAUUCGAUUUUAAAAUCGACGAAAAACGUUUUGACAUACUUAGAGAAGAAUUCAUACGUUCGUUGAAGAAUUUCAAGGCCGAACAACCGUAUCAACAUGCAAUUUAUUAUUUGGCUUUAAUUCUCACCGAGAAUGCGUGGGCCAACAGCGAAUUACUGGAUGCGAUGGAGUUGGUCACCUACGAUCGUGUGGUAAAUUUUGCGCGCGACUUUUUCCAUCGUCUGCAUACUGAGUGCUUUAUUUAUGGCAAUGUAACUAAGGUACAAGCAUUAGAUGUAGCAGAACGUGUCAAUAAACGCUUGGAGGCGACAGAUUCUAUUUUGCUGCCACUGUUGGCACGCCAAAUGCUUAAGAAACGGGAGUAUAAGUUGUGUAGCGGCGACAGCUAUUUAUUUGAAAACCAGAAUAAUUACCACAAAAGUUCUUGUGCUCAAUUGUAUUUCCAAUAUGGCUCACAAACGGAUCGCUCCAAUAUUAUGCUGAAUUUGAUUGCACAGGUUCUAUCGGAGCCAUGCUAUGAUGUGCUGCGUACAAAGGAACAACUUGGUUAUAUUGUCUUUAGUGGCAUACGGAAAGUGAAUGGCGCCAAUGGCAUACGCAUUAUUGUACAAUCCUCAAAACAUCCGUCGUUCGUCGAAGAUCGUAUUGAAACUUUUUUGGAAAAUUAUUUGAAACUCAUGGAGGAAAUGCCUUUGGACGAAUUCGAGCGCCAUAAGGAAGCGCUGGCAUUGAAGAAGCUGGAAAAGCCCAAAAAUGUUUCUCAACAAUUUCACCAAUUCUAUAAUGAGAUUGCUUUGGCGCAAUAUCAUUUCGAACGCGAUGAGGCGGAAGUGGCUAUCUUGCGCAAAAUUACCAAGGAGGAGUUUUUGGAGUGCUUUAAGAGCUUCAUUAAGCGCGAUGGCCCCGAGCGACGUGUACUCUCCGUGCAUAUUAUCUCCACCCAGCUCAAUCAAGACGAUAACAAAACGGAAACACCCGAAGAGGAAGUCGUUAUUACAAAUAUGGAACGACAUGAGAAAAUUACCGAUUUGGAAGCCUUCAAAUCAAGCAAAGAAUUGUAUCCAAUUUGCUUGCCAGUAUUGGAUAUAAAAGCGAAAGGCGCGCGCAGUAAAUUAUAAAUAUUUGAAUAGCUAAAAAUUGUAUGCACUCCUGUAUAAUACGAUUGUACUUUGCUGCUUGUGGCUUUAGUAUUUGCUUAUUUUUUAAGAAAAAGGAACGAAAAGCUAACCAGAAAUAACUAUCCUACUUUCAUACCCUACUUAAAUUGCAUCUGACAAUUGCUUUUAAUUAAUUUUCAUGUACUAUUAAUUUUCAUAUUCAACAGAAAGCUAAUUUGAGUCCAUCCGACCACUUUUUAUUUAGACUAACAUUUAAUUGUUGUGGGAUUUCAUAAUUUUGUUCACAUCUGAUUAGAAUAUCUAA